UGAUGAAUAGAUGGGAACACUUUGGAGGAGUGAUUGAUUUGAUGUAAAUGUGUUGUAGGAAUAAAUAUGAGAUAAAGGUCCAAUUUGUAACUUCCUAUAUGAAUUGUUUCCCCCGAGUUUGUCGUACAGAUCAAAGCCCCGCCUAAGAGAAAUCACCUCAGCGAGAGAAAUGCCCUCUUGGCGAUGAAUCAGAUGAUUACCAAUAGUAUUAAAAAGGAGAACUAAACACUGGGGAGUCUUUCAAAACCAUUCCGGCACGUUUCAAAGCGUCAGUAUUGACUCGCGUCAGAACAGGUGCAGCAACGAUGUCCUGCAGAGAUCAGCCUGUUUGCUUCAAAAUAUAUACUACAAUUAAACGUUUCAUAAUUAUCAAAAAUAAAAAUGGUGAGAUUCUCAAGGUUGAUAGCCAUGGGAGGCCAGAACCUGUGGCGUACUUUCAUAGUUAUCCAUCUCCUCAAUCAGAAACAGAUCGCGAUGGCAUAAAUUUUUGUCUGGUGUCCUACAAAAAACUGUUGAAUAUCCAAACACCAGAAGGCAUCCCAAUUGUGUUCGAGAUUACAGUCAAUGGAUUGGUGUAUCACAUGUACUGUACUGAAGAAGGAAACAGGAAAGUCUUGAAGUUUAAGGAAGGUCGUGCUCCAAUCAGAGUGCAUGAGGAUAUGAAGAACUUAAUCUUUUUCCAGCAGGUCUUUGAUGAUAUCCAUUACAAAUUCGAAUCUGCAUGGGCACGUGGCUGGUUCUUGGGCACUGAGCAAGAUGGCACUUUCACUUUGAAGGAAGUUCAGGCAAGGGAUGAUGAAACAAUAGCUGUCUCCUUAGAAUAAAGUAUAAGAUUCUUCCACUUGCUUGUGCAAUCAACCAUUUAUGAUAUUGCUGAUAUUAACACUUUCAAAUAACAUAUUAAGUUUACUGAUAACUUGACAGCAUUGAUAAUCCUGAUCCCACGCUGCUAAAAUCAUUUUUACAUCAGGGCUUAGAAGUGAUCCCUGAUGUGCUUCAGUAUUAACACCAUUCAAAAUGUUGGAAAUGAUAAGCUAAGAAAUUACUACUCAAUUAAUUUAAAUGUCAAAUAGCAAAUCAAUUAGAUUAAUUCUAAGAGUGUUAGGGAGUCACAAUGAGGCAAGGGAACAUCUAAGAAGGAGAACAUCGAGUGAAGAAAAAGAAGCACCUUUGGAUGCCAGCACCAUAAAAGUUGUAGACUGGGCCAAUGAGGUUAAUUGUUCCCGUAUGAGUACCUCCUCCCUCAGGAUGGUUAUGCUGGAAUGUUUUGUAACACUAGUUAAAAAUCACAUCAUAUCCAGCAUGUAGUUCUGUUCACAUGAUAAAAAAAAACUAUUUUAACAGUGCAACACUAGUGAAGUGCUGCACUGGGAGUGCUAAUGCAAACCAAUAAAUUUAUAAUUAUUUAUUGUAAUUAGCCUGUAUAUUAUGUCUUCACACAUUUUUAGCAAAUGUGAAUAUGUGAAAACUUGUCUUGUGUCAAUCUCUGUAAUGAAGAAUGCCGGGAACAGCAAAUCAGACAUGCGAAGAAUGUGCUUUUCAAUUGCCCUUUAUAAUAUGGUGGCAGUGUUUGACUAUAUAAACUCACUUUCAUGCACAGAACAGAGAUUUCUUUCCUCUCCCAUGAUCUGCAGUAGUUGGGGCCAUGGGGGCAGUCCAUCCAGGAUGUUAGCUGCUCAAAAUAUUGACAGAAUGAAGCUUCAGGCCGCCAACUUCCUAAACAAUUAAAUACAUUUUAAUUUUGUAACUUUUGCAAGGAGUCUUGGCCCAAAACAUCAACUGUUUAUUCAUUUCCAUAAAUGCUGCCUGACUUGCUGAGUUCCUCCGGCAUUUUGUGUGCUGCUUUGAAACUUGAGUGACGGCUUACAUGUAACAAGCUUCCACUUAUGCUCAUUAACAGUACUUUAUAGUCACAAAAGGCUGACUUGCAAAAUGCUGCUAUCAAGUUCCCCAAGUUUAAAUUAAAACACAAUUAAAUCCUUCAAACUUUCAUGUUGAGUCUAAACAUGUACAAAAGACCAGGGAAAGCAAAUGAAGAUGAGAUGAUUAGGAAGUGGGAGCUACUGAAUUAAAUUCCCAAUGCUGGGCUAUAUUUCUGUAUCAAGAUUAACAGUAAUCAAUGUAAAAAAUCUGGAUUUUGACCUGCUGCCAAAAUACUGAUUCAAUGCAAUGUAAUUACCUAAACAUUAUGGAAAGGCUUUACCAGACCUAGUUUAACAGAAGGAUGAAAUGAGGGGAAGCUAAUCUGUGAAUCAACCAGUUUUUUUUUGGACAGAUACUUCCAAUUUUUUUUUCAUCUUGCCUUACCGUAAGAUCUGUCCUUUAGUUCUCGCCACACCCCUACCCAUUCCCCGUGCAAAUCACUGCUCAUCCACUAAUUGUUUGCUUAGGGUUGUUGAGAGGAUAUUCAAGAAGCCCACUUCCAGUACAAGAUGGGAGAGAAGCACUUAAGAUUGCACCCCCAAACCCCCUCAGUUUUUCUCCCCAUACUUCUUGCAGGUUAGUAGUCUACCACUUUUCAGGACAAUUGGAAUUGCUCCAGACAAGAAAUAAUUGUUUAAGUUGGUUAUUAAUGCUAUAAGGAAUAGCAAUUUAACAUCUAUCAGCAACCCCUUUUUAGCUGAAUGGCUUCUGAGGCUGAUUAGCAGCCAAUCAUAGCAUUGUGAAUAUUGAGUCACAGUUAUCCAACUAGGGAUUUCCAUCUCUAAAGUGAACCAGUAGAUGGUACUUACCCGUCCGGUUAAAAGCAAGGUCAUUCAGCAAAGACAUGGGGAGAGACAGCCAUGGAAAUAAAGGAAGGCACCAAGCUAAAAGCUCAUGCGUACGAAGUCACUAAGAGUAGUGGGAAACUGGAAGAUUGGGAAAACUUUAAAGAGCAACAAAGACAACUAAGCGAGCAAUAAAGGGAAGAUAAGAUUUAUGAAAAUAGACUAGCACAAAAUAUAAAAAGGGAGAGUAAAAGUUUUUAUAAUUAUAUGAAGUGGAAAAGGGUGGCCAAAGUGAAUGUAGGUCCCUUGGUGGACGAGAAGGGGGAAUUGAUAUUGGGUAAUGAGGAAAUGGCCAAAGCUUUGACUAGCUAUUUUAAGGUCGGUUUUCACGGUGGAGGACACAUCUAAUAUGCUGAAGAGAAGUGAUAUAGAUGCGAUGGGAGGUGAAGGCCUCGAUACAAUAGCUAUUACUAAAGGGGUAGUGCUGAGCAAACUUGUGGGCCUAAAGAUAGACAAGUCCCCUGGUCCUGAUGGAAUGCAUCCCAAGGUACCGAAAGAAAUGAGGCUUUGGUGAUAAUUUAUCAAAAUUCCCUGGACUCUGGGCAGGUCCCGGCAGAUUGGAAGGAGACAAAUGUCACACCACUGUUCAAAAAGGGAUGUAGGCAAAUGGCAGGUAACUAUAGGCCAGUUAGUUUAACAUCUGCAUUUGGGGAAAAUGCUUGAAGCUUUCAUUAGAGAAGAAAUAGUGAGGCAUCUGGAAAGAAAUGGAUAAAUCAGGCAGACGUAGCAUGGAUUCAGCAAAGGCAGGUCCUGUUUGACAAACUUACUAGAGUUCUUUGAGGAUAAAACAAGCGCAGUCAACAGAGGGAAACAAAUGGAAGUUAUUUACUUGGCUUUCCAGAAGAUGUUCGAUAAGGAAUCACAUAAAAGACUUAGCCAUAAGGAUGCAUAGAGUUGGGGGUGAUGUAUUAGCAUGGAUAGAGAAUUGGUUAACCAAUAGAAAGCAGAGAGUUGGGAUAUAUGGGUGUUUCUCUGGUUGACAAUCAGUGGUGAGCGGUGUGCCACAGGGGUCGGUGCUGGGCCCGCAACUGUUCACAAUAUACAUUAACAAUCUGGAAGAGAGGGCCGAGUGUAGUGUAUCUAAGUUUGCUGAUGACACUAAAUUGAAUGGAAAAGCAAAUUGUGCAGAGGAUACAAAGAGUCUGCAGAGAUAUAGAUAGGUUAAAUGAGUGGGCAAGGGCCUGGCAGAUGGAGUACACUUUGGAAGGAAAAAUGGAAGAUAAGAUUAUUAUUUAAAUGGUAAAAGAUUGCAGCAUGCUGCUGUGCAGAAUGACUUGGGAGUGGUUGUGCGUGAAUUGCAAAAGGUUGGUUUGCAGGCGCAGCAGGCUAUCAUUGCCAGAGGGAUUGAAUUUAAGAGCAGGGAGGUUAUGCUGCAACUGUAUAAGAUACUAGUGAUGCCGCACCUGGAGUACUGCAUGCAGUUCUGGUCUCCUUACUUAAGGAUAUACUGGCUUUGAAGGCAGUGGAGAGGAGGUUCACCGGGUUGAUUCCAGAUAUGAGGGGGGUUAGACUAUGAGGAGAGAUUGAGUCGCCUGGGACUGUACUCACUGGAAUUCAGAAGAAUGAGAGGAGAUCUUAUAGAAACAUAAAAUUAUGAAAGGGAUAGAUAAGAUAGAGGCAGGAAAGCUGUUUCCACUGGUUGGUGAGACUAGAACUAGGGGACAUAACCUCAAGAUUCAGGGAAAUAAAUUUAGGACGGAGGUGAGGAACUGCUUUUCCCAAAGAGUGGUGAAUCUGUGGAAUUUUCUGCCGAAUGAAGCAGUAGAGGCUACCUCAGUAAAUUUAUUCAAGAUAAGGUUGAAUAGAUUUUUGCAUGGUAGUGGAAUUAAGGAUUAUGGGGAAGAGGCAGGUAGGUGGAGAUGGUCAGAUCAGUCAUGAUCUUAUUGAAUGGCAGAGCAGGUUCGACAGGCCAGAUGGUCUACUCCUGCUCCUAUUUCUUAUGUUCUUUAUGUCUGGUAGUUUCAUAAUUCUGGAGUAAAAAGUAGUAAGAAUUUAAACUCCCAGGCUGUCGUAACAAUGACCAGACCACAUCCAUUUCAACCCUACCACGUGUUGCACCGCAGUUUAGGGGAAAUUAUCAGGUGCACUACACUUAUUCAUCCUUUCCUACGCCUUCUAGGUGUAGAUUUCAGUGUUGUAGUUAUGACUCGCCCUGUGUCCACAGAGAAACAAAGCAACAUCACACUGUUUUACAAUAUACUUUUAAUCAUCUUAAAGAUUACAUUUUUAAGUCUUUUUACAUUGGAAUGUUGUCAUAUUCCCUCAAUACACUUUACAGGGUUACAAAAUUUGUUUUGAUCAUGUUUUCAUCCAAAUCAAGGAACAAAAAAAAAGGAAAAAAAUCACUUCACCUUAAUACUAACUCAACAAAAAUAGGCCUAAAAUGAUAAUUACAGCCAAUGAGGCAAUACAAUAGGGAAUAAGGGGUGCUGUGGUUGACAUACAAGAUGCUGCAAAUGCUACCUAAUGUCAUUCCUCCCACCCCCUCCUUCCAAAACAAAA